UUACUUAACAAGAUGGCGGUGAAGUCAAAUUUGUCAACGACUUUUGCAAAUAGACUGAAAUUUCGACAUAUUUUAGAGAUGUAUCUUAAUUAUUACAAGUGCAGUUAGUCAGUGCUAGUUUUUUUAAUCCGAGCCUUGAUGGAAAAUUAUGUUCUCUAUGACGAGGUAGGACGAGGAGAGCACUCGAUUGUUUACAAGGGUCGUAAAAAAGGUAGCGUCGAGUUUCUUGCUAUCCAUUGCGUGGAUAAAUGUAAACGACUGGAACUUCAAAAUAUUGUCCGGUUAACACACGAGCUCCAACACGAGAACAUCGUUCUCUUCCAUGAGUGGUAUGAGACAACCAAUCACAUCUGGAUGGUGGUAGAGUUAUGUACUGGAAGUACCCUUGCAGAUAUCCUAUCACAAGACACUGGGCUACCAGAGGCAACGGUAAAACACUUUGGCGCGGAAAUUGCAAAGGCGUUGUUUUAUAUUCACACUCUUGGGAUUGUUUAUUGUGAUUUAAAGCCAUCAAAGGUUCUCUUGGAUGGACCUGGGAAUGUUAAACUCAGUGAUUUUGCUCUUGCAAGGGUUGAAGGAGAAGAGGACUUCUUGGAGUAUGGGGAUGCAAAUGAUAUUGACCCUGACGGGAAUGGUGAGGGAAUGAACCAUGAGAAGGUAAAAAGGCCCAAGACGUCACCUUACUAUAUGGCCCCUGAGGUCCUAAUGGGGUCACCCCACAGUAUGCAGAGUGACCUAUGGGCCUUUGGGUGCCUUCUAUUUGAGCUCUUUACAGGGGACCUCCCUUUUGUUGCAGAAACCUUUGAAGAGCUUGCAGAAAAAAUUCUUGGUCACGAUUUUCCUGAGAUGAAACAGAGUAAUGAAACUGUUUUGGUUGGUGCGACUCCUGAAUUUAGUAACCUCAUUCAAGGGCUGUUAGAGAAGGACCCUCCCAAAAGAAUUAGUUGGGGUGUCGUCGCUAAACACCCAUUUUGGGAUGGUAUGUUGAGUGAUUUAUUUGACGGUACUACUGGUGAGGAAGCAGAUUUAUCUGAGCACGAACCUGAUGUACUGGUUCUUAGCGAAGACAAGGAAGUCACAAGUAAAAGUCUGGACAUGUCAGAGAGUCAGGAGAACACACAGGGAAAAGUUCCAGAAGAAAAGGAGAUCAAACAGGGAACUUAUACCUUUAGUAGCAAGCCCCACAGUAUAAAUCAGGUGUCUUGUAAAAAAGAGGAAAAAGUAGAAAGCAAAAGAGUUGGUCAUGCACCUGUUAAAAGAACUAAGUCGAAGGAGCUUGCUGCAAAAAGCGAGGGAAUUGAGAAACAAGUUGAGGAUAAAAUACCUAGUCAUGCACCUGUUAAAAGAACCAAAUCAAAGGAACUUGCAGAAAAGAGUCAGGCAAAUAUAACAAAGAAAACAACCCAGGUAUCAAAUUAUUCCAGCAAAGGAUCCUAUCAACGCAGCAUAAAAACAGCAAAUAGUCAGAGUAUUUCAGAUUCACAUGCAAGUUUACCAUCAACCGCUGGUGAACAAGCAAGACAAGAAGUAUCUGAAUUAAUCUUCCAUCCUUCAGAUUUUAUCGUUUCCCCAAUUAUUGAUAAUCCUAAAAUCAAGAAGAUCCCAUUACCAAAGUAUGACCCCAAAGCUUUGCCUUGUCCCCCACUUAAACCAGCCGAAAUAAUGGAGUUACCAGAGGAGAAGAUCUUGGAGCAUUUGAGCUCUAUUGAGACAUUGCUUCUUCAGAGUGAGAGAAGUGGGGGUCAUGUCGCCGCCCUACAGAGGAGUAAACUGCACACUGUUGGGUACUUGGCUUCCUUGUGUCGGUCUGCUGAGCUUGCUAACAUGCUGUUUGAGUCAGAAAUGAUUCCUCACUUGGUUGGAUUGGUCAAGACUGGCUUUUCUGCAGACUUCAAGGCAAAAAUAGGCUAUCUUCUUGGCAUCCUUGCCGGCAAUGCUACCCUCAUCUCUGAAGACUUCUACAUGACUGAAGUCUUCACCACCCUAACUGAGGUAAUCAGAGACAAUUUCCGCAACACACGCCUUAAACAGCACCUCCUGCCUGCUCUUGGGGAGUUCCUGUUCUACGCAGCAACCCAGGAAGAGAUUGAGAACAGGCAGAUCGCUAAGUGGGACGCCCCAGGUUUGACAUUCACCAUCAUCACCCGCUGUCUGAACGAUGGAGAAGAUAUUGAUGUGCAGCAUUUCGCGGCUAAAACAAUUGAGCUUGUUUCUACAACCCAUGGCCGGCAUGCAUCUAAACUUGUCACUAAUGACAUUGCACAGUUGCUAUGGAAACUGUUCACCCAUUGCACUGUUGACGUCCAGAAGGUGACAGCCCUCUCAGCUCUGUGCCGUCUUACCUGUCACUCAACCAUGGUCUUCCAGCAUGUUGUGGAGAAGGCAGGAUUCAAGGCUGUUAUAGGUGCUCUCACCACAACAAUUCCUGGUGUUCAGCAGGCUUUAGCCUCCAUGUUUGCAGCUCUACUGGCAUCACGUCAAACCCUGGCCAAGAGAUUGAUCAAGGAGAAAGACUUCAUCAACAAGGUCAUCCACCUUCUGGACAGUCCUUCAAAUGUGAUCCGCGGGAAAACUUUCCUUGUUGUUCUUGGAAUGGUUCAGUUGAGUAAAGAAGCACUCCUUGGCUGCUGUCAAUCAAAACUGAUCACCCACAUAGAGAAGGACCAGAGACGGGCCAUGCCAAUCAAAGGGGAGUCCGCUGAAAACCUCGGCUAUCUGCGGGAGUGUUUGCAGUAUUGCAUAACAGCAAUUACAAAAGCUGCCCCAGAAGUGCUCACAAAUGUUGUCGGCAUCCUGGAUGAAGUGAGGGGGCGGAAACACCCUUCUGCUAAUCAAGCCAAGGACCUACGCACGCAUUUGCCACUCUUGUCAAUCAUUCUUCACUUGGUUACCACCCACUUGUUUAGAGCGCAAGUCAUCAACAAGGACUUCCUAAACCUUGUAGGACGUCUUUUGAAUCACGUUCAGUCCAUUGAUGCUGGUGGGACCAGUAUAGGGUCUGCGGCUGGACCUAAUGCUGCUGAAGAUCUAGCAUAUGUGGUCCUCUCUAUUAUGGAGUCAAUAACACAGCACCCACCCCUGCUCCUGGAGCACCAUGUGGUCAUAGUAGAUGACAUCCUCCCGCCGUUAGCUUCCCUGGUUAGCAGUACUAAUGGUAACACCCGUAUGUUGUGCUUGCGCAUGUUCUCUGAUGUGUCAUCUAUAUAUCUGGACAACUCUAAUGUGUGCAGUUCAUCAAGUGACAAUGGUAGUGUUCUUACCAGCACACACAAGCUGAAUGAGGUAAUCCGCCAGCACUUGUUGCCUCAAUACCAUCUUAUCCUGCAAGACCAGGAUCCUCUGCCAUCAUACGCCAUCAAGCUCCUGACUCCUUUCAUUGAGAGAAGUCCUGACAUUAUCAGCACCUUCAUUGAACAAGGCCUGCUGCAGAACCUCUCUCAGAUUAUAACCUCGCAUGCUGGUGAAGGAAACCUUGUUUUGCUACAAGGAAUCAUAGGACUGUUAGAUUGCAUCCUAUGUAGCAAGAACCUGGACAUGAGAGCUCUCUACCAGCAAGGUUUGAUCGACAGUGUCACAUCACUGUUUGUAGAUGUUGUUGCAAUUGUGAAUGGCAAUACCGAGUGUUCAAGUGAAGAGCUCUCUGCCAUCCUGCUGCCAUUGAUCGACACUGUCAAUAACAUCUUAAAGUUUGUGUCAAAAGAGGUCCGACUGGCCUUGCAAGCUAAGGCAGAAGCGGAUGCCAACAGUGCAGAGAUGACAUGUGAAGCCGAAGUAUUGUUAUUGGAUACCAAGCCAAUAUCCGAUUUAACAGGACUUCUGAUUAAUCUGCUGUGCUUUACUGAUCCUGAUGUGCAGGAAUGGUCUUGCAAGAGCUUGUACCUCGUUGCGGAAUUAUUUGGUGGUGCAUGUGAGGAUGCUAUGAGUACAGCCAACAUUUCCUGUCUGGCAGAGGCCCUAGAAUGCUCUGACGACAAGCGCUGCAAGCAAUUAUUAAGGAUUAUCAAGCGCAUGGUAUCUUCAAACCUAAACCAUGUAGAAUCUGUUGUGACUAAUGGAAGGGUUCUGAUUGAUACUCUGUCUCGCUUGUCGACCAAUGAUGUGGAAACAAUAAGAGUGUUAGCGCAGGACGUGUUAGGAAAGAUUGGAGUCAACUCUGCAUAAUUUUAACAUUUCUCUACAUGCCGCACCCAUACCCAGGGAGAUGGGGGAAAGGGGAUUCGGGCAAACCCCUAGAAGGUCUCCUGUUGAAGAGUUUUUUUUUGUCUAGCCUGCAUGGCAGCUCCAAAAGAGGGGAGUGGGACCCUGCUCCCUCUGAGCCACUACGCAGGCUAUUGUUUGUCCAUACCAUAUGGAACAGUUAAUAGUGUUGCAUAAUGAAAAGAUUGGUUCCCCUCUUUAAGUGUUUGAAAAAAACACUUGUUUUAGUUCACAAGUCCUGAAUUUCCCAAGACCUUGGUAAUAAAACAAGCAUUUAACCAA